AGGUAAUUGUUUUCGCGGUCCAAGCCAUGGCAGUGCUGGCCGGAGGCGCCCGGUACCCGUCCGGACUGAAUCCRGCCCUAUGUCCUAAUUACCCGCACUGCGACAACGCGCUGUUGGCGGCGUACGCUCAACCAGCGAACGGCAACGAUUACAACGACCACUACACCAACAACAACGCCGGCCAGUAUUCCGGUUACCAGCAUCACCCGUCAGAGGCGUCUCACUACCACCACAACCAGCCACUGGUCCCGGCGCCGUACACCGAGCCCGGUUACCCGGCCGGUCUCUCGUCCUCCAACUGCCCCAACUACCCGUACUGCUCACACCAGGUACCGGCCGAGGCGCUCAGGUACGCGCAUAAGAGGUAUCCGUCCGGCGUCAGCCCGCAAAACUGCCCCAACUAUCCAUACUGUCACUGACGGUCCAUCGCUUAAAAUCUAAUACACUAUGAUAAUACUAUUAAGUUACGCCCAAUGUAUGAAUUAUAGUAUAAUAUUGUAAUAUCAUUAUUGUAAUAUAGUGAUGAUGACGCGCACGCCACAAGCACGAAAUACAUAUUUUAUGMAUUUUACUGUAGAUUCUUAUUUUGCCAACUCAAUUGGGAUCCCCUUGAUAUAAUUACCAUUCCAAUAGCUAACAGGAGAUAAUAGAUAAAUCAAUUUAAUCACUUGUUUAAUAUGUUAUUUUUUCAAAUAUUUUUCUGAUCUAAACCAAUAAAAAUUUGAUAUCUCCAACACAGUGUCUGUAGUGUUUCUUAAAUUUCGAUAAAACGAGAGUUUACUGUUUAUAAAAGCAUUAUUGGUACUUCCUUUAUGUUUAUAGCUAAAAUCAAAACAUAUGUYAUAUACAUAUACUUAUAUACAUUUAUAUAUAAKUAGUAAGUACAUGUUUUAUAUUGCACAUCACCUGUUAACCCGAUUAAUUAUAAUAUGUAAUAUAAUUCCCAUAUUAUAUUUAAAUGCUGAGGUGCUGCAGCGUUCACCAUACUAUAUUAUAGUUAAUUAUUAUUAUUAUAUUAUUAGAAUACAUCUCGUGACUCAUAAUAUUUUU